AUGUCUCGAGCGGUUGUCUCGUUCACUGGGUUUCGAGACCGGGUGUUUGUGGUAAGUCCCACAGUUUAUAAUGGCGUAAUUUUCCCGUUUGACCCGCGCAGACUUAAUUAGACAAUUUUUCUCCUAAAAGGUCUAUCAAAAAACUGGAAAAUUUAUGUCUUCACACACGUUUAUUGUUUGUAAACCAAUGUUACAAACAUUGUGUUUUUAAUCUUGGAAUGUAAAAUUGCUUGGACGUAUACAGAUAUUCCUGGAGCUCAGUGCUGAAUUGCCAUAAAACCAUUAAUAAGCAAGACCGGUCUGUUCAUCGUUUUUCCCGUUUCCGUCAAACUUCACUCACUUUGAUCGUUAUUUCUCGUCCAUAGAAUCAUCUGGCCUCCCUCGUCCAUUGGAUGGGCGGCAGCGUUCGUCGGCGAUUAGACGCUGAUGUGACGCAUCUGGUCGCCUAUCGGUGCGCUGGCGAAAAAGUCCGCAAAGCGGCUCUCACAUCUACGAAUAUCACCACAGUCAACGCUUCCUGGAUUGAGUCUGCCUGGGACUUGCGCAUCUCUAAUCCAUUUUUCGAUUCAACAGAAACUGAGUUCGUGGUAUGUUUGCCGCUUGUCGCAUUUCUGUGGAGGACAUAAUUACCAUCGAAAGGCUUACUGUACACUAUUCCCAUCCCAAUAUGUAGCAUAGAUACUCGCCGUCGUGUUUGCCCUUUGCCCACUUCUCUCAUCUAAAAACAUAGUAGUUCAUCAUGAAUGUCUUAUUUUACCACGCGUCCUUAAAACUACUUAAUUCUACCUUCUAUUUCAGAACAAACAUCGGGCUAAAGUUUUUCAGUCUUGUUGUAUCUUCUUCGUGGGCUUCCCCCAGAAUAGCCGCACAGUAAAGGAGCUAAAGGACCUUGUACAGGAGCACAAUGGUUCCCUGGCAAAUAGUCUGCGUGACGAAUGCCUCACACACGUAAUUGUAUCAGAUGAAUGGCCUGCUACACCAGGGUCUCCGGUAAGCUCUACCAUACACUAACUUAAAGUCUCAUGCAGUAAUUUUUCCCGUUAGAGUUUAUUUGCAUGAAAUUCCCUUACUACACUGAAUCCUGCCCCAUUAAUAGUCAUGCCGUCAAUCCUGGUUCUAGUUUAGAACUAGCACACUGCAUCGGUAACUAUGUUGCAUGAAAUCCUAACAGCCCUUUAGUAGUGUCUCGCACCAUGCAUCAUUUGAGUACUUUUCGGUCAAUACUCACAGCUUCAGUUUGACCGGUUUCGGCAGAUUUAGAGUUUAGCGUUGCAUAUGUUAUGACGUAAGUAUUCGAAGCGGACUUCUGUCGACAGACCGGGCUUCAGGUUCAUGCACUGCCAGCAAAAUAAACGAUAACAUGUUUUGUUAUCGUUACACUUGUAGAAUGUCAGUUUGUGAUUUUGACGCUCGUGACCAGUCCCUCUAGAAUGUGUGACCGUAGCUGUAUUCUUCCAUGGACUCCAUACAAUGCGCUGUGUUUGCGAACAGCAUUCGACAUGGAGUCAGUAUGUGCGGUCUUUCAGGGCUUGAAUAAGUGUGGUUGAGGCAUGGUGAGCACGAGUGAAAAUGAUAGGUGUCUGCUGUCAGUAUGAUAGAAUACGUCUCAACUGAGCCCACGCAGUCUGCCCAGUUGUGUGUGUCUGGAUUGACGGACUAGCGGACCGAGAGCCAGGCUGAAGCGGCUCCUUUACCUGACCUAUAGCACUCACGCAUGUGAGAUGUAUGCCGCCCAACCCCCGUUGUGUGAAACCCGAGUGCUUGUGUCUGGGGUGCCUGGUCGUGCAUGUGGCGCGCGCAGACAAGGUCACCAGAUAUUGUCCCUUUUUAAUUUCCUCAGAAAUUAUCUACGAACUUGGAGUAGUUCAUUUUACUCAAGAGGCACAGACAAGAUAUGUCAGUCACCGCGCCCAUUCGGCGCACCUGUCAACUGACCGGUCCGGACAGUGACUGAGAUCUGGGAAUGGGAAGGCGGAGUGCGGUCGACGAAUCAGCGCAUUUUCCUCACUAUAAACAAUCUGACGCGCUUGGAGCUAUCAUGGUGCGCUAAAAGCCGUGGCUUGAAAGUUUGCCAACUAACGGGAUAACUUGGACCUCGCAGUCGGCCCAGCGUUGUGUGUGUUUGCGUGGCGUGGCCGGCUGGUGGUCUGAGAGUCAGGCUGCAAUGUAUCCUUCUUAACGUGGCCUCUAUGACACUCCCACCCCGUGGGAUCCGAGCCAGGCGUGGAUGCACGUCUAGGUGCAGCUUCGGCUGCGCCAGCCCCUUUUGUUGUUGGUUAGAAUCCUGGUCAUUUGCUGUGUUGACAAGGAGUUGUGGAGUGGAGCGCCAGGGUGCGCGCUCGACCGUGCCAUCCACCUGCGCUCUCCCCCGUCUCCGAUCUUAUUGACUGUCUUGACGUCGGAUCCAGCUGAGGGAGGAGAGAGCGAGGUAAAUGCUGCGAAAGUUUACAUUCACCAUAGACUAAAUCGCGCGCAAGUCAUCGUCCCUGCUCCACCUUGCUGUUUGCCUCCUCGGAAACGACGGUCGAGCUGUCGUGUAUCCUAAAUUGUCCUUCACAAAGCUCGUAAGUGCGUGUGUUUAUAAUCCUCUUGAAUCUGGAUAUCAAAAGCCGGUCUCUGUGUCAGUAGCUGAUAACUGUGCGUGGUUCACAUGACCGAGCGCUAAUGAAUAGAGGGAAGCUCGGUCACAGAAAGUGUCGGUAAACAUCGUCGGAUGCGACGGUCGAACUGUUAUACCCGACCAUGCCAUUGGACAUCUCUUGAUGCCUACCUCCGACUUAUCAUCUUAUUAACACCGGGAACCCACAGCUUUAGCAUCGCUUGCCGUCACUCGGCUCAAACCCGUGCAGCGCGUGUGCACUUAAGUUAACACUCUCACGCCUUAGCCGAACACGAGCAAUGUGCAGGUGCGGAGGUUGCUACUCUGCUGGACUACUGGCUGAACUCCCAACGGCCUUUGAACCUUUGGGCGUGCGCACAUUCCAGCAGGACACCCGGGAAUUUGUCGCUAUCAGCGUAUGCCUUUUUGCACAGUAUUAUUUCCGUUGGUAGACUUUGCAUAUAACUGACUUGCCCUUGACAUUGCUACAGUUUUAUGCUCAGGACAAUCGCCGCUUUCAGCGGUUUCAAGACAGCAGCAGCAGCAAUGGGAACUUGUACGUUCUGGGCCUGGAGUCUAUCCAAAUCCUGUAUCCAUGCCUUUUGUAGGAUAUGAGCGACCUGAUCGUCAGCUCACCAAAUACAAAUGUCCAGGAGUCCGAUGCCGACGCCACUCAGAAUCUGUGCUCUGAGCUAAAGGAGGUCUCAUUCCGGGUGCCUGUCCUGCGUCUUGAUUGGUUCUGGAAGUCCCUUCAGUGCACUUACAUUUGCCACCCGCGUGAUUAUCUUUGUGUACCCGCCGAUCCCCAGCCCUCAACCACGCUACAAUUGGAGAGCCAAUUUGGUCCUACCCUGUCGCCUCGUUCCUCGGUAGACCCCUUCUCUCCACCCAGCACAAAUCUUCGAUCCUCUAGCUCCCCCACGGACGUUUUGCUUCCUGAGGCUGGGAAGGAGAAUAUGGAUCCACACAAGGAGGAGAACUCGCAAUUCCACGGCUACUCCACUGGCGAUCUGCCUACCGCAGGUUCCCUAUCAAAAUUCUUCAUCUCACCCGCUAACUCCCCUCUAAGGAAUUCUAUCCCGUCAAAACGUUUGCUGACAAAGGCUGUGAUUACUUAAGUCUGAGACAGGUGUUUCUCGUCUACAUCAGAAAAAUAUGAUAAUCACUAUGUGCCCACUGAGGCGUGAACAAGCUGAUACAGUCUUCCUUUUGAGAUAAAGGACUGCAGAACUCUAAAAUUGUUGCACAUUCAAAAAGUCGGUAGUUUAUAUGAACUUGCAUUUGACAACGAUUCAGUGUGACGGGACUAUAGAGCAAGGAAAGUAAGGUUUCUGCUGUCAGAAGGCGCCUGAGUCCUCCAGAUUUGUCUGAAGGCGACUUUUGAUAAUAGCUUAGGAAGCAGACGGUUUAAGCCUGAAUUGCCCAGAGCUCUUUCAUCGCCAAAUGCUGAAAACGAGCACAACAAUGCUAUUAUGAAGCCUUGAAAAAACUACUUAACCACUGUGAUGUACCUUUGAAAUCUGCGUAUUGCUCUAAGCCGGAGGUACAACCUUACUCUUCCGAUUAGGAUGCAGUUUUGACACGUUUUGCGAUAAUAUACUGGCAAACCUGAAUCGCCACCCAAAUAAGAUCAUAAACGAGGUUGAAUGGAAACUUGAAGUCUUCCGUAAAGUUGGAAAGAAUUGCUUUGACACCAGGAACACAUUUAGGUUAAUGAUGUUUGUCUCUGUUUUUGAAGGCGGAAUAUUUACUUGCUGAAGCUUGACGGUUAAAGUAAUAAUUUUUUCCUGAACAUCAGACUGCGAUUUUAUGUCCAACAGGAUUUUUGGUGAUGAAAUUAUGUCUCUGGGUUCCGCUGCCCUAAAAGGCCCUCCCUCAAUUGUUCUAACCAGAUUAAUCUGUCAGCUUCCGCAGACUGUACGUAUUUAUACCGCCCAGCUCAUUUUUUCCUUCUCUUGCUUUUUUGUCUAUAAACAUUGAAGUUAGUUUUCAAUCGUAAGAGCAUUCUCCCAUCACGGGAGACCGUUUUACCGCGUCCGGUCGGACGUUAGCAUCUCUUCCCUGUAAGGUGUCGCGUUGUCCUCCUGCUAGUGUACUGUCGCAGCCUGGGGUUGCUGCCCAUAGAACUCGUCCCCUGUCUGGUAAACCGCAUUUAUCUCUUAAAAUGACGGUCGCACUGCUCAACAGUGAAACGUGCUUUCCCUUCCCUUCAUGCUAUCUACUUUAACCGUUGUGCUGUUACAUCCUUAGCGGCAAAGGCCACCUCCAAGAUUCUCGAAUGGAAACUAAUCUGUUUUACGAUGCCUAUGUCCUAUUUUUAAGUAGAUGGUGUUUAGAGCAUGGAAAACCACAUAAUCAUCUGGUACGUAAUAAUCAGAAAACGGCAGUGAAUGUUCACCGCACUCCAGAUUUAUUCGACAUGCUUAGCACUCGGACUUUCUACACCGUUUCAUCCUUUUCGUUCAUUUUUCCGGUCUGGCAGUCCCCAAGUCGCCUGCUAAAGUGGUUAAUGAUGGACAGUCUCUGGCGAGUGAGGCAGGCCCUACCGAGUGCAAUCGGCCAUCCAGUCGCCAUGAUCUUGUGGCCCAGCUGGCCGACCCUCUGAACCUACGCAGCAACCGAGUUCGCUACCAGUCGUCAUCCGUUAUCUCCUGUACUCCCGCCAAGGAUACCCACUCCCUCGUUUCUCCCCUUGGAUCUGCCAAAACAGUCCCUCUGAGUGCUCGGACCGCGGGCAGGACCAGCGAAGAUCUGCAUUAUCUUCUGACUACCAGCCAGCUGAGCAACUCUGCCUCUAUUCUGGAUGCAACUUACGCCAGUGAUGUUAGUUGCCAGCGUCGGUGCCUCUCCACCGGCUUUUCGCCAAUGUUACUGAAUGCACGAGCCAGUGACAGUGGUGGUCUCAGCACAGUAACACCAACUGUGACGUCAAAGUCGCCGAACCCUAACCUCAGUCGGACACCUCUGGAGGCGUUGAAAUCGUCAUUUGGUGUGUACACUAAUGCUCCUUUAAUGUGUCUAAAUGGGGAUUAAAUGUGGCGGCUAUUGUGAUGUGGAAGUUUGAAGCUCAGUAUGUAACUCGCUUCUACGCGUUUUUUAUUAGUCCUUAUAUAUGAGUUGUCGGGCAUUCGCCUGGAGUCACUCCAAAUAGAAUUACCAGUCGAUUUCUCCCAAUAAUCAGACCUGACAAUGCUGCGUAUAAAGUCGGGUUUUUAGAGGCGAUGGAAGCGAUGUACUUCCCAGCUAAUUUGCCUACGAAAUUCAACACAAUAGUUGGCCUUUAGCGUGGCCUUGUGGCUUCGACGAAGAAAGCGUGACACGCCUCUAAACCAACACACCGCGCUAAGAACUGUGAGCUGGAAUGAAAUGGCUCCUUAUGACAACUAUCGUGGUUUCGAGGUGCAGGUUAUUGAAGUCUGGUCUGUGUAAAGUGGGGGGAUGACAAGCGUAGACACAUGCUUUAUGCCAGAUCAGCCACUGGAACCUCGCGUAUUCCCAAUUAGAUUGACUUCUUCCUGCUAUCCAAACACCAUGGUUUCGGAAAGUGAGAGGCCGAUGAUGUACAGAUCUCCCACACUCUGAUAGCCUAUCUGCCGCAGCGGACAAGGACUUCAAUAGCGCAUUGGUGGCUUAAUCGUGAUUGCGCUUUUUUGCGGGGAGACUUUCCCGGCAUCCAUCCUACUCUUCACACACCAACCCUAUUUUAAUGGCAGGACGGGGCUGAACUCACGUCUGCAUGUGUCACGCUAAUUUUGGCCCCUGCACACACAAACCAGAUUCCAGGGAGCGGUCCCGAUGAUAGUUGCAAUAGGGUCCAUAUUAAACAGAAGCCGUUGCAGCCUCCCCCGACUCGACAGGGAGGGGGGGGGAAGUUACCCCUUCAGUUGGAAAUCUUCGAGACCACGAUAUGCUUUGAGAUUAUUAUCACGAAGCUAUCAGGCGCUGGGUGACUUGACUGCCGUCCCCCUCCUUGUAUAUGGUGAAAACCCACUAAUUAUCUGUCGUAGGAUCAUGCCUACUGUUGACUUGAAAAUAAACGGUCAACAUAGGCUGAGAGUAAACGGUAUAUGCUUGAUUAUACUGUCAUCGACUUAAGUUUCCCAGUCAUUAGUUAUUUCUGCCAACUUUUAUGCAUACUACAGUAAUAAAUCGUGUAGACGUUUUGGGUGACCAACGAAUGUAUUUCAGUCACUUCCUCGUUCUGAUGCCAAAAUUCGUCAUCGGCUCGUACAGACAAACGUCCUUUCAGUUAUGACCUAAGUUACAUUCUCCGUUGUAAAUUAUGCACGUCAACGAUAGCGUGCCUCCACAUGGAUAUUUAAAGUCACUCUGGCAUGGACUCACGACCGUACCAUGGCUGCACGUUUAAAUGCCUGUCCUCUUCAGUCCUGAAGUUCACCUUUCUCCAUUUAUCUGUCCAGAACACUCUCCCCUGUAUCAUCGGAGCUCACCCAGUAUCACUACGGAAAGUGGCACGCCCGUUCAAAUCCGUCUGGAAAGAAGAAAACAUCGUGUGUUCGAGUUUUUCGUCACAGAACGCAACUACGUAAAUGUCCUGGAAUAUCUCACCCAAACGGCUUUUUCAGUGAGUCAAGGGACCGCUCUUCGCGCCCAGCCCCAAUUGCUAUCGGUUUUUUUUAACUGUUAGCCCCCCUCAUUCACUGCUCCCUCCUCACAAUUGUGCCCUUUAUUUACUUGCUUAUAAACUUCUGCUUUCUGCCCUAAAGGAGGUGGUUAAUGAAAACCAGGUUGGUGGUGCGAUUCUCCCGCGCGCAGAGGCCGAAAUAGUGUUUGGCAAACUCGUUCCCGUAUACAGUUUCCACAAACGCCUUCAGGAGUCAUUGGAGAUUCUGGAAGUUAAUUGGGACAAUGAAACUAGCCGGCUCGGAGGACUCCUGCUUCCACACGUUGAGGAAAUGGAUAGAGUGAGUGUUGAGUCUCGUAGACCUUCAGCGACACUGAUCCCCGAUGAAAUUUCGUCUAUUAUUGUGGUGACUUAUCAGUGGCUUUAUCUGUUUACCACUGGUUUGCUUGAGUAGUUUGUUUAAAUCCUUUCCUAUGUUCUACCUGCUCAGAAAAGCUACGGUUGUCUUUUUUUGCGAUCCUUUAUGACUAUUCACACCACCGCCAUUGAUGUCUUAUCCAGUUUCUCUGGUAUAUACGAUGUGGGGUCGGUUAGCAAGCCUGCCUGUUUUUUUUCAGUAAUGCAGAUUAUAACAGCGACAGUAGGUCCAUGCCAGGUCGUACUGACCGUGUAAAUAUGUCAACCUUUUCUAUUCCAGGUGUACUGCCACUACACACAGUUCUAUAGCGCCCCCCACCUGAAACAGCUCGGCGACCAAUACCCCCGUUUUCUGGCCUUCAUGCGACAAGUUGAACGUCGCAAGGAGUCCGGGCGCCAAAGCCUGUCAGAUCUUCUUAUUCGGCCCGUGCAACGACUGCCAUCGAUGCUUCUUCUCAUGCAGGGUGAGUAUUUUCCCUCUAACCAGACUGCAGCCGCUUAAAAUUACUUGCGGCACAUCUGUUUUGGCUUACAGGAUUGUGCCGGACAUUUGGUAAGGCCUUAUAAGAUAACGAGUAACAUUCACCAUGUCGUAAUUCUGCUGGCCAACGCCAAACCCAUCUCAGUAUGUCGUCUUUGUCAAGGCGCGUUCAAGGCUCGGAUUGCCUGUGCUGGACAUCUCGUAUGUGUACUUCGCACGGCUGUGAUUUUGCCCGACCUUGUUGACUUCGACGAUAUCUUCACGCGUCAAGAUGUGUUGUAACGGGUCUCGUGAGCCUGAACCACUCUCAUAUCCAGCUCUCGGACUGUAUUGAGGCUGCUUUUGAGUUGAGCUCUUCAACGCCUCCUGGUGGGCGACGGCACUGGGUGGAGAGUAACGAUACAAAACUCAUGGCGUGGACAGUGGAGAACAUGCUCAAUCGACAUCAGCCCUGUUUCUUGGAGAGCCUGAUAUGUCCUCGCGAUGUUAUCACGAAACGUCGAGACUGUCUCACUUGAGGUGGAACUACUCUACUUGAAGAAUGCUCGUCAGACUACACUAAUAAAACACCGGUUUUUGCUCAGUUUCUGCGAGCUCAGUACAGCACUGAAAAUCGCACAAGAGAACUUACCGGACAAAUGCCCAGUGGGUCUUUGUGAUGAUGGAGAUACCGCGUCGGGUCCAUAUUUGUAAGGGUUAUGACCUCCCUGUAAGUAACAUCGACUCAGGAGACAAUCUCGUCCUUUCUCUAUUCAUUUUGCCAACAACUUCACGAUAAACGAAUGCAAACGCUGUGGUGAAGCCAAAGCAAGGCGAUCGUAGGUGUCCGUUAGUCACUGCAGGUUUUAGUAAUCCUUCGUAGUACACCUAUAUCGUCUGUUGGACAUCAUGAAAUCUUUUACAAUGCCCACACGAUCCACCUACCCUCCGCAGAACAAAACAUCACCAGAAACACCUUUUAAGACGUCCCUUUCACUUACCACCAGACUGUACUGUUUCGACCAAUUCUGAUCAGACAUCCCCAGCCACAGUGGGGACCGCCGGCUCGAUUUGGAGUCCCGGUGAGCCACUUCGUCGAAUGUCCUACGUAAGUUGGCGAAGUUGUCCACGUUCAUCAGUUGAGUACCAUUGACGCAGAUGCGAGGAGCACUGUAUGCAGCGUUGGGAGGCGGUUGAUGCACGACCAACACUUUGUCCAUGUUAAUGGUCAUCCUGAAGUUGGCACAUCCGGCGGCGAAGAGGUCCAUGCCCCGUUCCAAGUCUACUUCGGUCAUGGUGUUGAGUGCGCAGUCCUCAGCGAAGAGCAGAUCGUGGAUAGUGGUCGUAGAUAGACGCAUUGAUGUCAUGCGCCGGCUGUUGAGAGGAUGGCCGUCAGUCCCGUAGGCGAGGCGGAUCUCGGGAUGUUCACCACAGUAGGCGUCCAUCAGCAUGACAGAAAACGUGAGAUUGAAGAGGAUGGAGGAGAGUACGCAGUCCCAAUUCACUCCGUCCAUUACUGCAAAUGCUUCUGAAACGACCCCGCUGUCCGUGACGAGCGCCAUCAUCCCAUCGUGGAGCUGACAUGACGUGUGCGUGAAUCGCUCGGAGCAGCCGAAUUUCUGCAUGAUUUUUCACAGUCCAUCGCGAUUCACCCCGUCGAAAGCUUCCGUCAAGCAGUAAUAUGCCUCUGGUUGUCACAAAGUUGCCGGUUACCUUUCCGCUUAUAGAGAUGGACGAUUGUCGCAUCCUUAAAGCCUGAGGAACUUGUCCUCGGAGCCACACCUUGGAGUAGCGUUGUGAGUUGAUCCAUCAGCCGGGGUCGCCGUGUUUGUAGACUUCGGCCGGAUCGCGGCACUUCACCGCUAGGAAGUUGGUGCAUGGUUCGGAUUGUUUCUUGGAGAGCAGGCGGCAGAUCCAGGUCGUUGGCGGCGUCGGAGAUUGUAGAUGGGCGACUACAAACACUUCUAAAGUGCUCGGUCAAGCGUUUCAGAAUCCGAAGUGUCGUCUCAUCGAAGCUGAAAUGCGGCGCGGUCUCUUUGUUUGGGGGCCUUAGAACACCUGGAGUGAUGCGAAGAAGCUCUUGGUUUCAUUGCUGCUGGCAUACUUCUGGAUUUCCACAGUCUCUCAAGUCGUCCAGGCGUCUUGGAUCUUCCUCAGCCGUCGCUGCACAAGGGGAUGAUAGCGGAAGAAGGCCGCCUUGUUUGCGUCGGUCCGAUGGUUCAUGUAGACCUUGUGCAGCCUGUGCUUUUCAACGAGUAGUUCGUCCAUACCCGCGUCGCUGUCGUCGAACCAGUCCUGAUGUUGACAACGUGCGCGUCCGAAAACGUUCAAAGCAGUCGAAUGAAUAGCAUUCCACAGAUGACACCACCGAGUCUCCGCGGUGAUGUCGUCCGUGGGCGUCAGUUCUUUCAGGUGCUGGCCUAAUUGGUUGCUAAAAUGUAAGCGGUAAGCAGACAAACUCACCAGAGCAGUGUUUAACUUACUGGGUGGUCACUUGUGGUCGGGACCUAAUCUUGGUGAUGAAGUGGUGAUCCGUCCAGCCGUCGGCGUCACAGAUUUCCUUGGUCACCAGAACGUCCUGUCGAUCUGGCCGCCGGGCGGGAACGUAUUCCAGCAGCUGCUGACACUACGAUCGGGGGUACCGAAGUAUCACACAUCAAUCGACUUCACAUCAUUCCAACACAUUCAGCCGCCACAUGAACCUUUUCAAUCGUUGACUUGCAAACUAGGCCACUAUCCCUGUAGUGAAGUUUGUUAACACACCGGUAAGGAUGGGGGGAUAGUUUGCUUACGUGCGUGCGUCCACAUGGCGCGAUAGGCUGAGGUCGUACGCUAUGCCCGUCCGAGAGGUUCAGACAAGCCGAUGAUUUACGGGAGAGGAGAGGGAGUGAGACACAUCUUGAGGCGCAUUCCUCGCACAAUACAGUCUGACAUAUUUACUCUUAACUCGAUCUGGUCUCCAAAAGGUACGAUUUCAAAGGUUUAACAGAUGUUUGUGAAUGCUCUUACCUAACAAGUGGGAACAGCUUAGGCAAACAGGAUCUAUUGAUCAUGUCUACUUCUCAUUUAACUGUGUAGCCGCUUUCAUCUCGUCAAGCUACGUCACCGUACCUCACUUUGGUGCUGUUGAACUUUCUACUCCGAGGUCGCCUCGUGUUUCCUACUGACUGUUGUGUUCCUCCUCGCCAGGCAUAAUGAAAUUCACACCCGCCUCCCACCCGGAUCACACGGAUAUCAGGAGCUUUGUCGAGAAAUUGGAAGGUGUGCUAAGCAACAUCGACGCCCGCUUGAAGAAAAACGACGAACUCAUAUCCCUUCUCACGCUUUAUCAUAAGAUUAACGGCGCUCCGGUGAGUUCCAAUACUUCUUUUCCUGGAUGCGUAAUCGUUAGAGAUACAUGGAAAUCUAAGAGUGUCAAUGGCCAGAUAGAUAAAAAAAGUUGUUUCACGUACGUGCACUGAGUUGGAUCGCGUUGCCAAAAUGGGACUCCGGUCUGAAAUUAUUCUAAAGAAACAAGUUAUAUGCUAGAGAUUAAUGACCACAUUUAAUAAGUCCUUUUUCAUCGCUGGGUGUAUUUAGAAAGACACGACAUGAUAGUUAGUUUUCAUGCGCUCUUUUGUUUUGGGUAUGUCCUCCAAGUGCGUAAAUGUCUCUGACGCUGGGUUAACGUAUGAGCAGUUGGCGCUUUGAAACUUACAGCAUGGUCGAUAAUAUUUGAACUUAUGUUUGACACAGUAUCCAAUAUAAAUUAGGUAUUGUCUCACUGGUUAAUGGUCUUGAACUAAUUGGGCCACGACGGUUAGACCUCUGGCCAAUAGAAGCGAAGAGACGAGUCCCAGGAAGCAGUCUUGAAGAAGAAGAAGACACGAUCGCCGGGACAAUAGCUUUAUUAGCCUGACGUUUCGGAUUCCUGCUCGAAUCCAUCAUCAGAGACAAAAAGCAGAUAAGGGUGGUUCUGUUAGACCUCUGCGAACAACGAUGUCCACCCGGUGACCAUCGACAUGGUAGGCUUAGGACGGCGACUUGUGCGCGGCUCAGUUUAUGGUGAUUGCAGACCUGCACAGCAUCUGCCGCACUCUGCUCCCUCGCCCUCUUGUGACCGGUGGCAAGACUGAAUGAGGACGAACAGAGACGAGCUCUGGCACAGUGGCUGACAUCCAAACAACCCCUCUAUACGUGUAACACAUGACCUUGUUUCCUCACAGUACAUCAGUUCUUUUGCGGAACGGGAGUAACUCGAACUCCUUUUGAGUGGGAUGCCAUAGAGACCACAUUCAAAAGGAACAGUUGCAGCCUCACACCACUUUGGGGAGGGCCGACUUACACAGUCAUUUGACGGUCUUCCAGACCACGACUUUUGGCGCGUUGUGAUAGAUCCAAGCCGUCAGAUUUUUUACUGUUGGAGAAAGCGCUAAAAUGCCAUGACGGUGGAUACCCAGAGUCGUCCUCAUUCUCUUUUCCCACUCUCAUGCACCAGUCCACCGUUGGAGUCAGUCCGUCAUCUGGUGCUGGGAUUGGGCGCAGUAACUGGCGCGGAGCGAGCCUGCGCCUAGGUGCGCCACCACACCUCCAUGUAUGGCACUUGUUAUGGGAUGCACGGUCCGGUUAACGCGUACCCUGCCACAGUCUAGUCCUCCUUUUGGUCCGGGGCAUCUGCAGCGCGGCCCGUUGCGAGAGCCACCCGGCGAACAGCCUCGAACCGAAACCCACGGUAGCCGAUCCUCUCGACUGGUACCCAUUUGUUCUGAUACCUUCCCCUAGUUAUGGGUUUCGUGGUUGUGAUCGCGAUCUGUUUUGGUCAGACUAUUGUAGGUUCUUAGCAGAUUUGAUUUUCUGAAUUUGAACUCACAACUAUGAUCGCGUAACAGAUUUAAAGUCAGUACAAAUGACCAUUCAUACGCGGAUUCUGCUUUAAAGCAGCUUGGACCCGAGCUCAAGAGAUGGGCUUUGGACUUCAGCGACGCCUGCGCGCGGUAACCGGUUUGCUUGUAGCUGUUUAGGCUGCCACUCAAUUUAUGAUGCAUAGAUGUUGUGUGCAUUUGUUGUUAAUUACUGGCGUUGAUUCCUACGCGGAAACCGCCUUCGUACUUUCGCCCGUAUACACCUUUUCGUGGUCUCAUGAGUGGAAUUUCGUGACACACAAUCCGUGUACAUUGCCCUCCUUUACCUAAAUGGUACCAAUAUCUUAGGUGCAAUAGGCGAGUAACUGCGCUACAGGCAAAGUCGGGAGGAGAUCUGCGAGUCACAAGGCUGUUCUAGCGAAUUCUUGGGCGGAGGGGAGCAUAAGAAAGUGUAACCACCUACCCUGCAUGCGAGGUUCGUUUUAUUCAGUUUCUAGAUCAGCACGCUAUCUGUCACUCUGAUCAGGCUAUCCUGCGUGCUGUAAGAGGAUGUAGAACAUUAUCAACCUUAAGGCAUUUCAGAAGACGAGUUGGCGAGCAUACGUUGCAAUCGAUAAAUUCUCAGGCUAGUACAAUUAUAUGGGAACGGAGUACAGUCAAACAUGUCAGUGACUGUACACCGUUCCCAUAUAAUUGUACUGGCCUGAGAAUUUAUCGAAAGCAACGUAUGCUCGCCAACCGGUCUUUCGAAUACUGCUAUGGGAAUUUUCCCACUUUUUCAAUCUUUCCAGUUUGCGCAAAAAUCAGUAGGCUUUGCUCCCAACUACCGUCUCCAACCUUAUCUUGCGAUUGCUUCCGUUGUUUUAGCCGGAGAUGCUCUCAUCUUCACGUAGCCUUAUCAGCAGCCUCAACGUCUUCCAGCUAAGUCUGAACGCCGCGGGACAGCCCUGUUUGGAGCCGGUCACCCUAUUCCUCCUCACAGAUUCCCUGGAGGUUGCUCGCCCCAAAAAGCGUCAUACUGGCGAGCCCAUGGCUCAUGCCAUACAGGCCGCUGUGGACGCCAUACAAGGUAGUAGGAAUAUUUGGAGAAUAUGGAAAACAGACUCAAACCUUCCUGUGAACAUUCUCAUUAUUCGUUCGACUUCCCCUUUUGGGGCUAACCUUAUUAAACGUCCUUUUUACAUGCCCCUUUGUAAGUCGUCUCCUUCGCCCAUUUGUCCUCUUAUUCUCUCCGGAUUUUUUUAUUCUACUCUACAUUCCCUUCAUCCUUCUUCCUUAGUUUGCUUCACCUUUGACAAGUGUAGAUAACCUGGUUCACUUACAACUACAUCGUUCUCAUCUGUUUACUUUUCACACCGUUGUCUUAAGUAUUGUGUUGACUCCUUGUACCCGCGUUACGCCGACAUAGCACCCGUUUCUUAACCUUCUUAAAAUUUCCUAUUCUUCCUGGGAGUCAUUUCAUUCAUAUUUUCUUAUCACGCCUACCUUUUUCAAAUGGGCCCUAUAAACGCUCAAGCUAGUUGGCGACCCAGUUAGUAAAGUUCUCUCGUCUCUUUGUCCCCCGCUAUGUACAGAACUGAAGUAGCCCCCCCACCUCUUCCUGGUCUACGCCACUUUGCCGUAUAAUAACUUUCAAAUUUCGAGACCUUUUAUUUAGCCUCUCCUCUCGUCUUCUUGGUCGAAUGAUGUCCUGGCGUGGACUUCGUUAACUCAUUCACUCCAUCUUUCGUGUAGGUGAAUCGCACGAACCUGGUGGCCACGAGGACACCUCGCACGCACGAGCCGCCACAGAGGAGUGCACCGGUGGCGGGGACCACGUGAGCACUAGUGUCACUCGAACCGGAUCCGGCGCCUCAAAUUCUACCGCCGGCUUUGGUCGUGGUGACGGCAAAAGACGGUACCUCUUCAGUCAUCUGUUCAUGCUGAAGUUGCAGGACAUUAAGCGGGUAGGCGGUCUUUUUGUUCUUUCCAUUAAAAGUAAUUAACUAUUGCAGCUCCUACCAGUAAGAUUCAACUUCAUCCAAGAUAUGACUAUCUGGUUCUUCAUCCUCGAGCACUGGGCCCGUCGAAGCGAAGAGACGAGUCCCAGGAAAUAGUCUUGAAGGAGACACGAUCGCUGGGACAAGAGCAUUUUUAGCCUGGCGUUUCGAAUUCCUGCUCGAACCCAUCAUCAGAGACAAUGGCAGAUAGGUGCGAACGGUCUGCUAUUGUCUCUGAUGAUGGAUUCGAGCAGGAAUCCGAAACGUCAGGCUAAUAAAGCUCCUGUCCCAGCGGUCGUGUCUCCUUCAAGACUGGACCCUUCGUUAUGUACUACGCAUCCCCUCCGUAUCCUAUAUUUUUGUUGUCGCUUUUCUCGUGCCCGCGGCGGCCAUUUCUGGAUGCUCAUCUGCGUUUGAUGCUUCUCAAUUUUGGCAGUCUGAGUUUACAGUCUUGAUUUUCUGACUCCGUCUACCGUCAAGUACCCCUUGUUGUCAGAAGAUACAGCGAGUAUAAACCGUUUGACCUUCGCCCUAUGGAUUUACAUCUAGUUUUCAGUUAUGCUCCCUUACGCAACCGGGGGAUCGGCGCUGUCAGAGGAUUGUGCUUCAAACGAACUCUGCCCCCUGUUGUAGGCCAUUCGGCAAACAUUGUCGAACUCGACGGUCAAACUGUCGAGUAAGCAUGCACAUAACAAAUCGAAACAUAUAGUGAGAGCAUCUGGCAGAAAAUUUCGUGAUGGAAUAAAGACGGUAUCAUUUCCUUUUGAUUCCUACGGUUUCCUCUAAAAUUAGUUUCCGGUCUAGCAGUUAAGAAAUAAAACCGAGCUUAUCUGCUCCGGCUGGCAUUUUUAUACAGCCAUUCUGGCUGAACUCCGUAAGUCAUUAAACUCACGUCUCUCGGUGGGGUCUCGUAGCUCGGGUGGCUAGAGCGGCGGCUGUACUAAAACCUCCCCCUUGCUGUCGUGGGUUCAAAUCCCACCGAGGCGCCAGUCCGAAAUAGAUGUUGUAAAUCCACUUUCAAGUUGUGAAACGAGAAAUGUGGGCCGAUCACGACGUCAUCACCUCAAUAACCGCCUGCUAUUUGGCACUGUCGUUAGCCAGCUGACCGCUACUCCGUUCUUUUCUUCACUUACUGUAACGGCCCAGUCCUUGGUCAACCGCGUAAAUAGGUGUUACAAGGCCGAUAUUAAGUGAUUCUCGACUUUCUUGAAACUAUCACGAUGCGAUAAAUGUCGUGCUUUGGAGUGGUGCCAGUUAAAGGAGUAGCAUACGUGAGAUCCAAUGCUUCUUUUGCUCGGAGCAUGGCUCAUGUGGAGUUAAGGAGCGGAUAAUGUGCGGCACAGGUAGACGGACUUUUUACCGUCCAGGCUCUCACUGCAUCCACACCUUCUGUCGGUCGUCUUGACCUUGUCUUGCCAUCUGUUUGCGACGGCGAGGCUAUUGUUUACGUGAGAAUUGUCGUUAGAUCUUAUCCUAAAAAUAUUGUCAAUUCUAGCCACUCCUUUACCUCCGCCCAUCCUCGUCGACUUGUAUAUUUCUCCGACAGAAGCGCCCGGGCCUCUUGCAUUUGGUCUCAACUAGUAUUUGCCGUACUUGACGCACAACUUUUUCAAAAAUUUGUAGGUACUGAAUUUGAGCACCCAGUCACCAGAACGCGCUGCAUUUUCGCUGAUUGUCCGCGGCUCCUCAGAACUGAACGAUCAUGUCUACACCUUCUGCCUGGCCGCUAGUUUUACCGCCACCGCUGCCGUCGCCUCGGGUCGCUGUCCGGAGGCCCUGGAGUCUGUCGUAGCUACUGCCACGGCCUCAGUUACCAAUCAACCGGUCUUACGUCAUGGCUCCGUUAAGGAGGGCCAGUCGUCCACAACGGUGGCAUCUGAUCACGCUCGCUCUGCUAGCGUUAACAACGUAUCCUGGUCUCCUCAGUCAGCGGCGUCGCAGCCGGCAGCUGCAGCUGCCUCCGUCCUGGAGGAUGAUGUCAUUGACGAGGCGCUUGUGGUGAGCAAUCCAGCCGUAGCCACUCUGCAGCAUUGUGUGAGUGAAGCGAAGGCAUCCUUCCUGCGCCGGCUCUGUCACCACAUUGUGCAAGUGUCCUGCCUGGUCAAUAAUCCCGACGAACUCCUCACCGACAUUCCGCCAGAUGAGUUGCUAGACUUUGACCUCGAGACGGUCUUCACUCUGGCCAACGUCUCUCUCAAGUCCAAGAAGUAAGUUCGCUGGAGUAAUCUUGUUAAGUAUGCCAGUGCUUAUUUUGAGGGCACAUCAUCUAGGGGUCAGGUAAAUAGUUCUCAUGCCCUGUGGCCGUUGACUCAUUACGCUGGGCGCCGCUUCACCCAGAAACGAAUUUAUUGCCACAGACAGAAAAUGCAAAAGUCACCUGGCCGACUAUGAGUUUCCACUUUCCCUCUUAUAGAAAUAGCGUUGUUUCGAGUCACUGGUAAUGCCAAUUCCCAGAGUUGGGAAACGAGUGUCCAGAUAGAUAGAUAGGCACGAUGGAUGACUUAAUUUUCCCGAAAUUUAGUAGAUGAAUGGCCAAAGUCACUUAGACCGCAAGGUUGACGUUUAAAAAGGACGGCUACUGAGGGACUCCGCCUUCGUCAUCUUCAUCCCGCAUCCAUUGUUUGCUGUUGACCACCAUGAAUACGGUUUAAACUUACACUCUGACACUACCAAAACCCCUGCGCAUCUGAUUAAAGUUAUUAUGAUAGGACUGGUAAGCAGCCAUUUUCGGUCUUCUCACGUCCUCCCGAAACGUGGUACGGCGGCUUUGCGUGAGACUUGACUCAUGAACUGUUUUCUAUUUCCCAUGUUUCCUUAAGAGGAUUUUAUCAACAGACACCAUACUAUCUUCGUUACUACGGGCGUGCCGCUUAUCCACAUUAACUCCGUAGUUAGUUUAUUCCGUUACAUAUCUUACAGAUCCUAGUUUAUGACUCUCGCUUACGCUUGUUCUGACUCUUUCUGAACUAGAUUUUCUCGCCAACUUGGUCGGGCAAUCUCCAUGAAGACACCUCGUCGCAUCGCCGCCGCCUGGAGUGGUAGCGGUCAUCCUGCUGGCCGGAGCACUGCCCUCUCGGUUGAUCGCAUCGGCACCUCAAAGGGCUCCAAUACGAUGGCAACAGUUAAGCCCUAUGCAUCACGCCCGGAGGCAGAAAUAAGUGUAAGUGAUACCCAUACAUGCAAUUCCACAGACAACAAGGCAGCCUUGACGGUGCACCUCUUCUUUCCAAUCCGUCUCUCCUAGGAUCCGUUGGUGGCACUUUCCAUUGGCUAACUUCCGACGUCUUUAACUUCCGUUGGCGUCUCGACACUGUUCCGUGCCUAGGGUGGGAUAGUCACUUUGUGAUACAGCGGCUUUGCGUGAGACUUUACUCAUGAACUGGAGUGUCUGCCCCAACGCAGUGAAGUUGCGUCUAGAUUUUUCGAUCACCAACGGGGAACCAAUCGCACCGUGGCACAUGGAGACUUUCUGUCAGGUGGACAAUUACGCCCAGUUUGAUCUCCAAUCCCGGCGUUGUCCCGCUUAAGCGCUAAAUGUGAUUGGCCGAUGCUGCAUGAGCCUCCUUCGCUGGACUUUCAUCCGUCACAAGUGACGACGACCAUGGAUACUGUAAUGGUGACCCCUGCGCUAAUUGGUUGACAGCGAAAAAAGUACACAGUAUCCAUUCCACGCCUCCAUGUGGGCGUACAUGCUGACCGGAUCAAGCACACGAAAUAAUCUUUAAAAAUAGUUUCGGAGCUGACAUAGAUGAGUUAGCUAUCGGGGCCACGGCAGCAGAGACGGAGCGAAGCAGUUGGCAGCCUCCCACUCCACGACUUUUUGCAUAUUGUGACAGCCUGUAAACGUGUCAGUUUUGUCAACCUGGGAGUAGUGUCCGUCAGCUCCUUCUUGGAUCGGCCUUGCUCGCCUUCUCUUCCGCCAUGGUAAUAAUGGGAAAUUUGAGUCAGGGCUUUUAGGGGCGAAACUGGGCUCAGGGGCUGACAUGACGUAAAGCCCCCCACCCAACUUGCUACACAUCAUGUCACCUGCUUGGGCAACAGGUGAAAACAGUUCACCAGACGCGCGUUACAGAACCUGUGACUUCAUUUUUCACCUUACGUCACAACACAGCCUGUUUUUAGGCCAAUGUCAUAUGAUCCCCCCUGUAAUCUUGUUGACAGGCAAGUUAUCGUUCUAUUGGGCAUCCGCUCGCAUAAACUUGUUUUGUGCAGACGUACGACGCACUGUGCUGUAACACUCUACCUUUGCGGUCCUACUUCUCAAAGACUAGACUGCUAUUUAUUGCCUGAGCGCUUUCAAAAUCCAGCGUUAAAAGCGGGUCCUUAUGGCGCCGGAGUGACUGAGAAAGAUGUCUGUAAAUGUGCCCUCAACCAUUGGCAAGCCUUAGACUCAUGGUCGUAGUUUGUGGCUAUUCCGCGUGCCACAAUUCGCGCCAGAUUUGACUGGAAGUCCUUCAAAUUUCUCUAGCCACUAGGGAAGGCUUGGUUAAAACACCACCGUCUUUCCACUCGACAGGCUCAGAGGUGGAGGCCGAAGAAUUUAUUGAUGUUCACGUAUUUGUUUCUAAGGAAAUUAAAGAGCUUAAUAUACCACUUUUUGAUUGGCAUCAGCAGUCGUACAUUCCUCUGCCAUUUCCAUUCUCUUUCGCAGCUCAAUCAAGAGACCUCAAAGGCUCCCUCAACACCCUUACUAUCUGCAAAAUUGAAUGCCGAGGUAGAAUCGAUGGUUACACCCGAGGCUGGUGGGGUUACCGAUCCUCUGACUGCGCAGCCUUCAUCUCCUCCCUGUUCGUCCUCCUCCACACCGCUGGAGAGACAGCCCACAUCCGACACUUUUCUUCAACCGAUUGCACCGCCGCCGCUACCACCACAACCAACCGUUAGGCCGACUCGUGGUCCUGAUGAACUCUGGUUAGAACGUGAGGUUACUGAGUUCGCCUCAGACGCUGAGGACGAUGCGGAUGACGGUGGAGAUGCAGAUGACUUUGACCUCGUCUCCCUUGACUCUUCUUCCAACAUGGGUCCGUGGCCUGCCUUCCUGCCCAGACCACUGUCCCAGCGUCCAGCCAGAUUGGGCACUGUUGGUACGCCCUCCACAUCCUCCCUGCGUUCCACCUAUUCUUUGGAUCCGCAUGCAAUUAGCGGCAAGCAGGAACACCAGGGCGCAUCAGCCAUCCGCUCCAGGUGUAAUCGACCCUCCGUUGGUGGCGGACUUGGAGGUGAUGGUGCCACACGGAAAAGCAUUUGUCGUUCCAUGCUAGAUGGACUGCGCACCCUACGACGCUCCCUAGCUGAUCCGAAGCUGACAGGCGGCGCAGAGGCUGGACUCAUGCGUGGCCGGAAAUCCGUUUCUGGUCAUGAUCUCGCCAGUCGACCUCGAGCCCCUAUCGCGGAGACGGAGGGCAAUUCGCUAGGUGAGGACAACAGCAAGAAGUCGAAGACCGGUAAUUGGCUACUGGCUCGUCAUCGCCUUCCGAGACUGGGUUCGGUUGAUGCUCGCCGGGCUGGCCAUUCUUUUGGUGUGUCGACACCCACUUUGGACAAGGUAUUGCGCUCCCUUGCUAACUCCUUAGUUUGCAAUUUUGCUUGCCUAUCUACUUAGCUGUGGACUGUCUGUGCUAAGUCGGUUCCCCGAACAAGCUACUAUUUCGAUGACUACGACAGUUUGAUAACAAUUCCCAUUUGACACCGUCGUAUCGGGAGCUAACAGACAAUUGCUUUCGAACGAGGAAAAUACCAAGGACAGUGUUGGAGGCAAUUCAUGGAAAACGUAUAAUACUCACGGCGACACCGUGAUUAAGGCACUUCUAAAAACCCUUGCAGUAUAAAAUUUUGGAUGACAACAAGAGGUUCAGCAACUGUCUGCAACGGAUUAACUACAGAAGUACUUCGAAGCCUUCGACGGGUGGAACCUGUGCGAACCUACGCAGUCGACCACCCCUCACCAGUUAUUACUGGUAUGUGAUACUGACUAGCCGCACUCCACUGCCCUGCUAGCGCAACGUCAUGAUGGUCUACGGAGUGUAGUACCGUGAAUGAUUAAAGUGUUUAGAUUAAUAUCUUUCCUUGUUGACUGCGAAAAUCUGGCCGACAGCGAGAAUAGUUAGUGACCGCAGACAAACACACCACUAGGUCAGUAACUGUCAGCCGCAAAAAGUGGACCGUUUCAAAUAUCUCCGGCACAGUUGGUGCCAAUGGGUAUGUGAGUAAGGACGACACAGUCACCCAAGUCGAUGUUACCCUUGGGGAUUUCACCAGCCAUUGACCGUCGUCUGGGCACCCCUCACGAUAUGGCAAUGGCCACGGGGAUCCCCAUAUGACGGUCCAACUGUCGUGCCUGGCGUUGUCCACCGUGUGCUCCACAGCUAGGUGAGGCAGGUACGGUGACUUGCGCGUGAAUUAGUUUACGGUGAGAGUAGACUUGCGCAGCAUCUACCACACUCUCCACCCCCACCUGGGCCCGAUGUCAAGGCGUAAUCAAGAUGACCAGAGGCGGGAGAGGGCGUAGGUGGCUGGACCCGCACCACACUCCCUGGUCCACAACAAGCACUUGACCAGGAUCGUAACCAGCAGCAACACAAUAAGUCAGAAAGACGGGGAUGACUGGACCUGUAUACUCGGCGGGAGCCAAAUAAAUGCCAGCACACAAACUAGGCCGCGAGAGCCAAGGUUUCCUAAGUAAUGGCAUAGCGGACGCAGACAGUUCUCAAGACUGGGGUUGAGCGCGCGUACAGUACAGGUUAGAACUAGGGAUAUCUGACCAGCGGCGCCUGAAAACGCUCCACCGAGGAAGGACUCGCCUGGCACCUCGUUGAACGAAGCAGUCCGCACUCGUUAGAGUUGCAUCGCCGACUAAGGUCGUAUUGGCGCGUUCUUCGUCGUCCACCGCUCAGUUUAAAUUUUGCGACUGCCGAAGCAACACGUAUUAUAAUUUUGAUUUCGGUCGUUCACACUCAGGUCUUCGAAAAUAACCAGCGCGUGCCUCUUGUUUACGCGAAUCAACCAUUCCUGCUUUGUGACGUUAAUUCCUCUUCCUCUUACCCUACUCUAGCUUAGGUCCCUAAUUCAACGCAGCCAACGGUCCCACGCAUCCGCGAUAAUUCCUAGUCCUAUAAAAUGCCAGUCAAUUUCCCUCCAGCUACGCACCUUUCCACGUACAGUAAUACCCUGAAAUUCGCGGCGGUUGCCUUCUUAGACCCCACGUACGCCUGUUAUCCGCCCACGUCUUUUCUGAGACGAACUCUCAUGGGCUCAUUUUCUGUGAGACGCUGAAUGCUACGCGAGUUUUAAGUGUUAGGUUCCAGGGAAAGGAAUAUGUAAAUUCAUAAAGCCGUAAGUUCAGACGUGCGAAUUUUCGGGGUAUUGCCAAGACGAAGUUAUUUAAUCCAUCUUUAAUGAUGCUACUACAUUCCAGAAAGUAGCAAGACUGCGUAAAUCACUUUUGAUCACAUUGUUUCUGCUUUUUGUAUUGUCCGCCGAGUCUAGAAAUGUAGUGGAGUUAAUCGUACUAGAAAUAUCCACCGCUCAGUAUCAGAAUGCGUACAUCCUUGAAGGACUGUUUAGCACUGAGUGAUUCAGAGUAACGAAUGCAUAACGACCCAAAAUAACUGGUGAGUCACCUUAAAGAAUGAUUUUCGGAAGCGUCUGAAAGUGGAGUUUCUCAACAAAUUAAUCUAGUCGGUAGCAAAGUUGUGCGGUUUCCCAGGGAAAGCAGUAAGUUUACAGAACAAAUAAAUGUCUUCCAGGGUCACAAGCACAUUUUCGCGUGAGAUUAAUUGCCUAAGUGUAGUUUUCAUACCGUGCGCAUCCACGUCGAUUCUUGCCGUUUCAUUUGGGAAGAAAUAAUUUUUUUCCACUUAGUAGGAAAACUGCAAAAACAGGGUGCUUACUGGGGUGAAACCGUCGUUUCACAGAUGAUUUCAGUCAGGUAUACAAGUAUUUCCUAGCGUAUUUUUGUCAACGGCGCUUGUUCCGAGUCCAAAAGGCGACCUGCACAAAUAUGCAGUUUGAUCAACCAAGGACCAACAUUAGCUUCUCUAUUUCAGUAGCGUCACUACAACGUUCUUAUUUGCUUGCCUUCUACUAACAACUGUGAAAAACUCGGUACCUCAAUAGGAUUCGAGCCCACGAUAGCAAAGGAAGGCUUCAGCACAGCCAACGCACUAGUCAUCCGAGCUUCGGGGCCCCACCGGGAUACGCGAGUUUAAUCACAUUUGGGUCAAAUUACCCUCCCAACCUACUGCAAAACCUGGAAUCCAUCAAAUCUGAUACAGUAAUCUGACUGAGCAAACAGGAUUUCCUGAGUGCUCCACGUAUAAUCCACCACAUUACUCUCGCCCUCACGCUAUUUAACGAUUUUUGACAGGUUUUGAAUAACUCUUUGACCCAACUGUUGUUGUUCAUUCGCCAGUCUGUGUCUGAGUGCAAUUUGUCAGCCAAAACCGGAGCUCGAAACCUCUCAACCACCAGUACCACCUCGCUGAAGAACCUCUUCUCUCCAUUCCGAGUACCAAAUGGCCCUAUGCCCCUAAUUCGACAGUCUACGGCUCUGCCCGGCAACUGCAUGCCCUCAAACGUCUACCACCACCGGACCGAGGUGUUGGGUUGUGCUGGCAACGGCAACCAGGAUGACUCUGCAUCCUCCCACAGCAUCGGUAGUUGGAAUAGUCUCAUGACCCUUGAUGAAGAGGAAGCUGAGGAGGAUGAGGACUGCCCGUCAGCCCGCCGUCGACGUGGCGGUCAUCUCUCCAAGACGCCCGUAGAAACUUGCAGUCUCAUUCUACCACCAAGUUCAUCUGGCCACAAGAAACACUCCCUCGGCUCCCGGGUUCGCGGCAGAGGCAGUAAGUCGUCAAAGAAGCGUGGUGGAGUCUUCCUCUUGGGUAGCGCCAUUUUUCAUAAAUCCGCUCAGUCGGAAGGACAGCAGACGGACUUUGCGUCACGCCGUGAGAGUUUCUUCAAGCGUGGAUUUCUGCGCAAGUGA